CAUUGGAAGGAAAAAGAACUGUAGAAGAGGAUAUCCUUUUCAUUGCAACUUCAGGGGAACAUCUUCUGUCACAGUUAAACUCAGAUUCAUCCUGAUCUCCUGAGAUGAAGUUCAAUGUCUUCGUUUCCGCUGUGGCUCUACUUGGUGCCUUCCAACCCCGCUAUGAAUGUAGAGCACUUGAUCCAUCCCACAAUCUUCCCGCAGAGCUGCAACAGCAACUCCCUAUUCUUCUGAGACUAGGAGAGGAGUACUUCAGUCGGCUUGACAACUCCAAUCAAAAUUCGCCCCAGUCCUCCUUGUCGAAUACAUCUCCUGGAGCUGCUGCGCCGUCAACAACUGUCAACAGAGCUUUACAACUUCAGCUUACGCAGCGUCUUCUGCAAGGUAAAGUCGGUAACAUCAGUCGGUUUCUGAACAGCUACGCUAACCAGAUGGAUGAUUCCAUGGAGAGAGGAAAGAGGACCUGGCCAGGCGAAGAGCCACCGAUCUCAUUGGACCUGACGUUCCAUCUGCUGAGGGAAGUUCUAGAAAUGGCUCGAGACGAGCAAUUAGUGCAGCAGGCAUAUAGUAACCGAAGAAUGAUGGACAUAUUCGGGAAAUGAGUGUUAGAAAUACAUUUGCCAUAAAAUGUACGUUACUAUUCCAUUUUUGUAUUACUCUUGAAUUGGUUAACAUUCGUUCUUUAAUUUAU